AUGUCAACUCCCACGAAGAAAGCAAAAGCUGCCAAACGCGAUCCGCAAGAGAACAAGACUGCCGAUAGCUUGGAAGAAACGCCGUCUGGGAUCACCGUCAUCUCGACAGCAGGAGACGUCGUACUGCUCAUCCAACGAGACACUCCUACACAAGAGACAUGCAAAUAUCGUGUCGACUCGGCCAGGCUGAGAGAAGCCUCGACCUACUUCAGUCGACUGUUCUCAGACGACUACAAGGAAGGCACUACUGUCGCUCUUGCUCAUGCACACCUCAGGACCAAAUACACAACCCUGGACGCAUCCGUACCUGCUGAUGAGCUCCCCGAAGUCAAGAUUGUGGAUGUUGGCCGCAUAUCGCCUACGGUGAAGACCAUCAAACCUCUCAUGGCCGACUUUCUAUGCGCCUUGCACGCUCGCGACUUGACUACCCUCGCUCCACCUCUGGCAAAUGUAGCCAACCUCUGCAUCGUAGCCGAUCGCUUUGACUGUCUUGUACCGUGGCGAACCUACUGCAAGAGUCACAAGAUAAUCGCCGCCUUGGACGGCAGAUCCAACACCAAGGUUGCUACUACAUGGACAGAAGAGCGCACGCGCCAACGUUUGCUGGUCGGUAUUUUCUUGGACAACGCAAGUUGGGUGUACCAAGCAUCUCUGCGGCUCAUACACCGAGGCUGGGUUGGUCGUGAACCUGAAGAAGAUGCUGCUUUGUGGUGGGAUCUUCCUAUGGGCAUGGAAGACGAGUUGCUGUUCCGUCGGGAUUGCAUACUUCAAACCGCCCAGUCGAUACAGACACACUUCCUCACUCUAUACACAUCUCGCGAGAGGCAAUGCAAAUUGGGUUACGACUCGAGCGCUGAGUGUGAUCUGUUUCAGCUUGGUCAAACAAUCAAGUUCUUCAAACGUAUCAACACCCUCUCAUUGGAAGGCACCAUAUUCGCAACCACCGACGCCCCUGAGCCUUACGAAGGCGACAUCUUGGAUCUAGUCGACAGCUUCAAGCAAGCCCCUGAGUACCAGGUAGACAAGAAUCAUCACCACUGUGGCAUCCGCACUCGCAUCAUGCCUCUGCUAGAUCUUUUGGUGCUUGCUCUAGGCGAAGUUGGCGUAUGCUGGUGGUGUUGGCAGGACUGCAGGCAUGAUUACGCCUGGUCCAAAGUCAAAAGACCGCUUAUCUGGAAGAAAGACUCUGCUGGCGCUAGCAUGCAUCAACACUACAAGAACCGACAGGCUCAGAGUCAUUUGUUCAAGCAUCUCGAUACUAGAGAUCUCUUCAUGGCCAAUGAGAGGCUCUGGACGUGA